AUGGAUGAUAAUCGGGCCGACAAUGAGAACGGAUCAGCUAAUGGUGAUCGCAAUCAACAACAAGAAGAGCGUCCGGAAGAGAGCAUCUGUUUCUCAGGGAAGACAAUAUUGGCUCCGAUGGUGAGGACGUCGACACUUCCCAUGCGAUUACUGUCCCUCCGGUUCGGCGCCGACAUUGUCUACACCGAAGAGCUCAUCGACUAUAAGCUGAUCCGAUGCCAGCGUGUGGUAAACCCGGUGUUGGGAACCGUUGACUACAUCGACGAUCAGGCGGUUGUGGUGUUCCGGACGUGCGCUGAAGAACGCGACCGAUUGGUCCUCCAAUUGGGCACUAAUGACCCGCAGAGAGCGCUGACCGCCGCCCGACUCGUGGCCGCGGAUGUGGCGGCCAUUGACGUGAACAUGGGUUGUCCCAAAUCGUUCUCAAUUAAGGGCGGUAUGGGUUCAGCUCUAUUGACACAACCGGACAAAGUGUACGAUAUAUUGCGGACACUAGUGAUGGGCACCGGAGGGAAACCGAUCACCGCUAAGAUCAGAGUUUUGCCAUCCAUUGAACAGACGCUGAGUUUAGUGAAAGUGAUUGAGUCCGCGGGCGUCACAGCUCUGGCCAUUCACGGCAGGACUCAAUGCGAGCGACCGAAGGACCCGAACCGUAACCACUAUAUCGAGGCCAUCGCCCGAACCGCGACUAUACCAGUGAUAGCCAACGGCGGUUCCGAUGAGAUCGGUGUCCACGCGGACAUCAAACGGUUCCGACAGAGCACUGGCUGUUCAUCUGUGAUGAUAGCGCGCGCGGCGCAGAAGAAUUGCUCAAUAUUUAUGGCCAGAGAUGAGUUGCUUCCGAUGGACGAAGUGAUCAAACAAUACCUCGAGUUAUGCAUCGAUUACGACAAUCACGUGUCGAACACCUUUAUACACUAG